AUGUCCAGCAAAUUGAAAAUACUUGUUCCCGUCAAAAGGGUUAUUGAUUAUGCCAUAAAACCAAGAAUCAAUAAGACAAACACGGGAAUCGAGACCAAGGGUGUUAAAUUCAGUAUAAACCCAUUUUGUGAUAUUGCUUUGGAGGAGUCGAUUCGUCUCAAGGAAAGGACCCCUGAGUUGGUCGAGAACAUACAUGCUGUGUCAAUUGGACCAACAAAAGCUCAGGAUAUUCUAAGAACUGCAUUAGCUAAAGGUGCCGAUACCUCGACCUUAAUUGAUGUGGGUGAAGAAACAGUGGAACCAUUACAAGUGGCCAAGUUGUUGAAGAAAGUCGUGGAGGAUAAAAAGUCAAAUUUGGUAGUAUUGGGAAAGCAAGCCAUAGACGAUGACUCGAACCAAACGGGACAAAUGCUUGCCGGGCUAUUAAAUUGGCCACAAGCGACGAAUGCGUCGAAAGUUGAGGUCAAAGGAGACGAGGUCUUUGUGACCCGGGAGAUUGACGGUGGUGCCGAUGUGUUGAAGGCAAGAUUACCAAUGGUUAUCACAGUAGAUUUGAGGUUGAAUGAGCCUAGAUAUGCCAGUUUGCCAAAUAUAAUGAAGGCUAAGAAGAAGCUGUUGGAGAAAUUAAAGUUGAAGGACUUGGGACUUGAUUCAGUCGACAACAGGUUGGAAGUGGUGAAAGUUGAAGAGCCACCGGCAAGGCAAGCUGGUGUUAAAGUUGAGAAUGUUGCCCAAUUGAUAGAAAAGUUGAAGGAGUUGAAGGCUUUGUAG